AUGCUUGCUCUUAUUCGUUAUUUAACUUUACGACGGCGUGGUAAAGCUUGUGUUCAAAUUGGAUUGAAACAUUCUUAUGUUGCUAUUGCUUGUGUUGUUUUAUUUGUAUCGCUAAUGAAUGCUCCAAAUUUUUUAACUUAUAAAAUUACUGAACAAACUUUGGGUGAAACUUGUGGUGAUUUGGCUGUUUUAAAAUAUAAAAAUCAUACAGCUUAUAUACCUGGUGUGGCUGAUAUUGCUUUAAAAUCUGAUUGUUUGGUCUUCCGCCUAGCUUUUUGGAUAACUGGAGCUGUUUUUAAAUUGUUUCCUUGUUUAUUAUUGACAGUCCUAGUGUCGCUACUUACACAAAUUUUAAAAGAAGUUAGGGCUAAUAGGCAAAGACUAUUUUUUGGUGGUGGCUGUAGCAGUAGUACUUUUGAAGCAAAUUCUUCUCAACAAUUUUUUUCGGAGCCGAUAAGUACACAAACUGCUGUUCUCUUCCUUUUCCCCGUUGAAUCUUCAAACAAUCAAAAUAAUGAAUCUCCUACAACAGCAACUAGAAGAGAUGUAUUACUUCAAAACAAUGGGAAUAAUAACAACAGCAAUACAACAAUUAAUUUAUUAAGCCCUCCUCCUAUUACUUCAUCUACUUUAACUUUAAAUAAUAGAAAUGACUGUACAUCCUCGUCAUUUAUGAGGAAAGGUAUUAAUGCCACAACUGCAAGUGUUCACCGAACAGACAGAACAACUCGAAUGUUACUUGCAAUUGUUUGUGUAUUUUUGGUUACAGAAUUACCACAGGGAAUAAUUGCUGUAAUGAGUGGAAUGUUUUCUGAAGAAUUUCGUUCCCACAUUUACAAUAAUUUGGGGGAUAUUCUUGAUUUAUUAUCAUUAUGUAAUGCUCUAGCUUCUUUUAUUAUAUAUUGCUCAAUGAGUGCUCAAUUUCGUAAUGAAUUUCGCCGUGUUUUCCUUCCAACAACUCAACGUGUGAAAUGUUGGCGUCAAUUACUUGUAUUAACUAGAAGAAGGAAAAGAAAUGACGUGGAGAAUAUUAAAUUUGAAAGAAGGCAGGAAAGUGGAGGUGGAUGUGAAGAAAGUGAUGGAUUAGUUGAGGAACAAGAACAAAAUAAUACAACAACAAAAAGUCCAUUAUUAAGAAGGCCAACAAUACAGCAACAACCAAUAAAUACUCGAAAUGGUUGUCUUUCAUCUUCCUCUAUUUUUUCAAAACAACAAGCAAAAUAG